CGACCGACUUAAAAAACCCAAAGACAAAACCUACACGCAGAAUCAUUCUUUUGUUCCAGCACCGAAAAGUAACUAUAAAAACGAAACCCUUCUCCCCUUUUUACUCCCAUAAACCAAACCCUAACUCGACUCGAACCACCCAACUCACCCUAAGCAUGGCUCAUCAUCGUGGCUCCAACCCUGAAACCAACCCAAACACCCGUCUUUACAACCCAUACCAAGACCUUAACCUCCAAGUUCCCAUAACCAACCUUUACAAGCUCCCAACCUCCCCGGAGUUCCUCUUCCCGGAGGAAUCCCUCCACCAACGCCGUUCUUGGGGCGAAAACGUAACCUUUUACACCGGGUCUGCUUAUUUAGGCGGCUCUGUAUCCGGCGCAGCCGUCGGGCUGUUCUCGGCUCUCAGGGAUUUCGAGCAGGGCGAUACUUUGAAGCUGAAAAUCAAUCGGAUCUUGAAUAAUUCGGGUCACACGGGUCGUUCAUGGGGGAACCGGAUCGGGGUGGUGGGCUUGAUUUAUGCGGGGAUGGAGAGUGGGGUCGUGGCGGUGACUGAUCGCGAUGAUGUCUGGAGUAGCGCGGCGGCGGGGCUUGCGACCGGAGCUGUUUGUCGGGCUGCGAGAGGGGUGAGGUCUGCUGCGGUCGCCGGUGCGCUUGGUGGGUUGGCGGCUGGAGCAGUGGUUGCUGGGAAGCAAGUCCUGAAGAGAUACGUGCCUAUUUAAAUGAAAAAAAAAAAAAAGAAGGAAUUUUCAGUGGGUUGAUUUUCGAUAAAUCAAAAAUUUUGAUGAUGGUAGGUUAAAUUUGGAGAAAAAAAUUGAUAAUAGGUUUUGGAAAAUUUUAAAAUUUAUGUAAUAUGUGAAGUUGAUUAAUGUGAUGAAUAAUGGUAACCGAGGAUUAAUGAUUUUUG